AUGUCCCAAAGUAUUGGUCCCAACCGUCCCGGCGGGCCCACACAGUCCUUCUACCACUGGGGGAGCGGUAAGCUCACCACGACGCCCCAGGCGACCGCAACGAGCAACUCCUUCAACACUUCCAGCGCCCUUUCUUCCCACCCGCCGGCGGCAGGCCCCUUCGAGGCCACUGUCCGCUACUCGGACGUCUCAUUCAGAGACCACGUCAUGUCCCGCUAUGGCCACGCGCUCCUCGUCGGUCUCCAGUAUGCAGACAUGAUGGUCGGCGACUCUUUUACCAACGCCGAAUACGCCGAGCUCGAGGAGAAGUGGAUGGGGAAGCGCGUUGGACUCUCUUGGGAGACGGCCAGCAAGCUGAACGAGAUCAUCAAGGAGGGGUACGAGUCUUACAAGACGUCAAACUUCGCCGCCAACUUCGCAAGCAACUCCCUCAACAAGCUCAUGAACAAGAAGCCUCAGUGCACCCUGAUGAGCUUCAAGGACUUUCGCUGGUGGUGCAACUCCUACAUUGCCGCGAACGCCCAUAUCACCAAGGCUAAUCGCGACCGCACUACGACCAUCGCCUCGCGCGCAUCGGGGGAGACAGUGGACCAGUAG